GUUGGUGUGUGUUGACGGUGGCCGGUGGCCGGUGGCCCAAGACUAAGUUAGCGUGGAGAGCCGCCCGCGCACCAUACCUCCGGCGCGAGUCGUAUAGCGCGCACGCCUUCGCCGCGCUGACGCCGAAUACCUUGAGAACUAACAAUCCGAUAGUGUUUACAAUUAGUCUCAAAUAAUUUUUAUAUCUCACAAGAGCCGUGAACGUUUUGUUGUACUGACGAGUGCUCGGAAGUGAAACGACAUUCCGACCGAGUGUCGUUCUUUAAUGGACGGAGUGUGUACGACUGUGUGUGUUGUUACUUUGCUCGGCCCCGGUGACUGGUUUUAGUUUAUAUUUCUCGGUAGUAGAGGAGACGUUAUUUGAAAGUGUUAAUCGUGCGGUCGCAACGCGGAGCUGCUCUUCAUAAUGUAAAGAUUUUAACCUUAAGGUAGAGGCCAGUUUUAAGAAAAAUGGCUCGCGGUACACUGAGUGAAAAGGAGCGUCAUUGCUUGGAAGCAAGCGCGAAAAGUCAGGCGGAACGAUUACAAGACUCGGAUAAAUCGAUUAGCGACAACAAACCCAACGGUCUCAGGGUGCGGUUCCUGGACGAGGAGGGAAAGACCGAGAGGAUGGUCAGCGCUGAUGAAGUCGACUGCACGCUCUCACGAGUCAAAAAAAUACACAUUCUCAAAAAUAGGAGUUCCAGUGAAACGAGCAUUCUCCUUAGGAACCCUUCCCUCAUAAAGAGGAGACUGAGUUGCGAGCGCCGGUACAGCGACGGGCAGUGUGAUACUUUGAACAAUAACUCUAUCAGUGAGAACCUCAACACGAACCGGAAAGAUGAUGUCGGAGACGCUCCUCAAAAGACAGAAGAUGUCGACAACACCAAAGACAGCCAGAACUUUAAGAAGAACUGCAACGUGUAUAGUGUGAAUCAAGCGAAGACGUUGACUUCGGAAAGAAAAAAAUCUAACCCUAGGACCAUACCAAAACUAAUCGCCCAUAAAGAGAAUGCGCAAGGAAAGUCUAUUCUGCCGGGCGAGGUGUGUCUGGCCGACGGUGUCUCGGGGAAGGACUUCACGACUCGAGCUAUAGGGCGGCUGUCUCGUGGACUGGGCCGUCUGCUGCGCCGCACGAACAGCGUCCGCAUCAGUGAACCUGAUCCCGUCUACAAAGUGGCAUACCUCGGAAAUGUACUCACCGGCUGGGCGAGAGGUGAAAGCUGCAUCGAGAAGCCACUUGCUACGCUAUGGCGUAAUUACCAACAGUCCACCAAACCGGAUGUGGUGAUGAAGUUAUCCGUCACCAAUUCUGGUCUCAAGGGCUUCACCAAAGAACACGGCCUCACAGAGUACUGGUCCCACCGCAUCACGUACUGCGCGAGUCCACCCCACUACCCUAAAUUAUUCUGCUGGGUUUAUCGACACGAGGGAAAGAAAUUGAAACAUGAACUUCGCUGCCACGCUGUUCUCUGCGCCAAAGAAUCUGUGUCAAAGAAAAUAACCGAGGAACUACAAGUGAAACUGAAACAAGCUUUAGUUGAAUUCAAAAAAGAUAGAAUAUCUAAACAGAAUGCAAGACUCAGUCUCGCAAAUAGCGUUUAUGACAACCCGAGCAUGCCUCGCAGAAAAAUCCUUCUGAGCGUAGGCGCUUUAAACUAUAAGCCACCUUUGGAGCGAUCCAAAUCAGCCCCUAAACUUGGUGCUAUCGAAGAACUCUGUUCAGAAGAAGACGAAGAGGAAGCAGAGAUGAAUGAAAGAAAAGAAAAAUUAACAGAGGUUGCAUACCAAUCCGCAUCUCAUACUUUGGAUCGGCGGCGAUCAGAAAUGAUGUCUUCUCGUAAGCUGUCUUGCCCCGAAGGUAUUAUGGAACGAAUAAAAUUAGCUACCAUAGGGUGCAAGGAUAUUGGUUCAGACACAUUAAUGAAUAUGGAGACUUUUGAAAAAGAAAUUCAACAUGAAAAUACUAGUCACAACGAUAAUGAGAACCUUCAAAGGACUUUAGAAACGAUACGCUCAGACAUGAAGACAAUAGAGGGUCACAAUAACCCACUGCUAUCUCAAAGUAACUUCCUCGUCACGGACAGCGACGAUGGAUCUGUUUCUUCGGGGUGCGAAACGGCGAGCACGGUUACCUCAUCGGACGCGGAACCAUCGUCUCUUCCAUCACAAUUUUCCCCUGAAGAAGUUCAAAAGGAGUUAGAUAUCGAGGAAGAGAGAGAGUCGGUAUUCGACAGACACUUUGAGAGUGCUUCGAUGAGGAACAGAAACUCCAUGAAAAUGGGCGUCGACGGAGACGAUUCGAGCACGGUCAGUUCCGACGAAGUCAGCCACGUGCCUAUGGGCGAAAGGAAUACCUUCCGACGGAGAUCCACGUAUCCUCCUCUGAGGUCUGACUCCAGUCUACUCGACGUACAGGACAAUUUCGAAACCCUGAUAGACAACCUGACCGACACGGAGAGUCUGAACUUCAGCGCGGAGACGGAGGUGUUCAAGAGCCACGGCGACAACGACAGCGCCUGCAGCGACGAGUCGGGCUACUCGGAGCUGCUGGACGUCAAGGAGAGCGUCAUCGGGAACACUAUCAUGGUCUAGACUGUAGAGGAACCGAUCAGACACGAAUCAAUGCACUUUCGUUAUAAUUUAUAAAUGGAGAUUUAGGUCGAUAAAUAUUUUAUUGUUUGUAAAUAUUUAGAUAUUAGUAUGUAUAUGUUCGUCGUCCAGUUGUUUUUAUUUCAAUCGUCUGUAUAUAUUGUAAUAAUUUUUAUGAAAAAUUAUUUUUUACGUUAACACACUUUAUAUCGGAUGACCGGAAUAAUUUGUUUGUUGUCUUGAGUUUAUAAUAUUUUGUGGAUCUUAGAUAAAUUAAACGUCUCAUUUGACGGAUCUGAUUGUAAAUUAUAGUCGGAGGUCUGGAGGUACUUACACAUUCCACGCUCGUACACAUUCACUGUUCGGGACAUUAAUACAUGUAUCGGUGUUAUUAAAGAUAUCAUUAUAAAA